UGGUGCCUGCAUCCGCAGCCCGCAUAGUUAUACAAUCAUAUCGUCGAGGAAGACGUGCCAUAUCGAAAGUAGUAAGUUGGUUUUGAUCACACAACAAAAAUGAAAUCAACUACUUAAACGAAUUUCUCACCUUCUUAAGCCGACAAAUGAUCCACUCGCCCCCUUUAAUGUCGAGUGCAUAUCCAGGUUCUCUUUCUCUCUCUAUGUUUCAGUGAAUGAAACCUGAAGAAAAAAUGGGGAGUGAGGAAAUCACUUCUCCAGAUCAAUUGGGUGGAGGGUUUCAUAAAUCUGAUGGUGGGGAUGGGUUAUCCCCGGUUUCUUCGCAGUAUUCGUCGUGUGAGGAAUCGGAGUUUGAUCGAUAUUGUAGUGCAAAUUCGGUGAUGGGUACGCCUAGUGUGUGUAGUUCAAUGGGAUUUUUUCAUGAUUCUGUGGAUUCUGAUUUUGGGUCAUUGAAGAGUUUGGAGGGUUUUAGUUUGGGGGGUGGGAGGGUUCAUAGGAAGUUUGAGGGCGAAACACGUUCGUUAUUAGCUGGGGAAGCUGGGUUUGGGAAUGGUCUGGAUGAUGCAUUUUGCGAGUCGAAGGAUGAGGGGGGAGGGUUGAGUCCUGUGGGUGGGUUUGAGGGGAAGCUGGAAGUUUUAGAUAAUGCGGGGAGUCCCUCGUCGAGUUGUGGGGUUCAUCAGCGAGUGUUAGGGCGUAAGGUUCUUGAUGGGGAGGUUGGGAAGAAGGAAGAUUUGGCUGUGAUUUUGAAAAAUGUGGAGAAUGUGUUAUUGAAAGGAGCUGUUGCUGCAAGGAGUGCUGCUGAGAAUUUGUUGGACUUAAAUCAUGCAGAGGAAUUGGAGGAUGAGAGAUGCAGAGAGUUGGAUGAGACAUCUUCGAGGUGUGAACACUCGGAGGGUGAAGAUUCGAUGUUCAACUAUGGUUCUGAUGAUGGUUCUCAGCGUACUGCAUACUAUGUGAGGAGUGCAGGGGAUCACCAUCAUGAAGAUGCAAGAUGUGGGGAUUUGGUGCUUAUGAACCCAUCCGUGGCUUUUGGAUCUAAUGACUGGGAAGACUUUGAGUUACAUGGAAUGGAAGAUACCAAGUCGCUUUCUGAUAAUUUUUGGUUGCGGCAGCAAUCAAGUUGUGAAACUGAAAGUAAUAACUCAGAUUUGGCUUCGACAAGGUCUAUUUCUAACAGAAAUCUUUGUUGUCAUGAGGAAGAAAGAAAAGAAAGGGAUGUUACUGUAGACAGUGAUGAUCUCCAAGGAUUUGAUCUAUCAUUGGAUCGUUCUCUUAGUUGUCAGACCACCAAUACUCAUACCUUAAAUUUUUUGGAAGCAGGGGGUACAAUGGUUACUGGGGACAUUCCAGGAAGGUGCAAACAGAUUACCAGUAAUGAUGAAUCGGAUGAGUAUCUUGAGAAUUGUUCUGUAUACGAUGUAUUCCAAAAGCAAUGUCCUCCAGUGCAUAUAAUGGCAGAGAUUGGCUCCAUUACAGGUGAUAAAGAAAGAAAGGACCUGGAUAGGACUAGUGAUACAACAAGUGGCAGUGGCGAACAUGCCGUUCCGCAACAUGACUUGGAUCCAGUGCCUGAUACAGGGGCAGGUGAAGCUUCUUUUUCUUCAAUUAAUGUUCACAGAGAUCUUAAGUUUGAUAUCUGUCAAGGAGACCAAGUGGAUUCUCCUAAGAAAUAUGUGUCAAAUUCAACCUCAACAUGGCUUGAGAGUGAAAAGGGGAGGAUUUCUGGUGAUUCAAAUCAAUGCAGAGAGAUAAUGAGCAGCAAGGGCAAAGAUUUCGAGAUGAAUGCAUUGCAUGAUGACUUAGUACAUGAUAUGGAAGAGAUCUUGUUAGAAUCUUGUGAUUCCCCUGUGAGAAGGUUGAAGCAAAGGUAUAUAGGCUUCCAAUCUGAGCAAUCGUCCCCUUUAAGCGAUGGUGACUCCGUUGCUUGUACUUCUGGUUUUGAUGGUGGAAACUCCUUGAUUAACCACCCUCUUAGAAUUGAUGGCAUUGAAGUAGUUGGUGCAAAGCAGAGAAAGGGAGAUAUCUCACUUAGUGAAAGACUGGUUGGGGUGAAGGAAUACACUGUAUACUUAAUACGGGUGAGGAGUGGCAAGGAUCAGUGGGUAGUUGAGCGUCGCUAUCGAGACUUUUAUGCACUUUAUCAUCAGCUGAAAACAUCUUUUGCUGCUCGAGAAUGGAUUCUUCCUCCUGUGUGGUCUUCCGUUGACAAAGAAUCCAAAAAAUUCUUUGGUAACACUUCUCCAGAUGUUAUUGCAGAGAGAAGUACUCUUAUCCAAGAAUGUUUAUGUUCCAUUCUCCAGUCGAGGUAUUUUUCCAGUCCUCCAAGUGCCCUGAUAUGGUUUCUCUCUCCGCCAGAAGCGCUUUUGAGUUCCUCUCAAUCAAAUGCUGUGAUGCAUCAAUUUGAUGUGGGUGCACAUCCUAGUUUAGGGAAGACGAUAUCACUGAUAGUUGAUAUCCAAUCUCACAAAUCUGUGAAAGAGCUUCUAGAUACACAACAUUAUACAUGUGCUGGGUGCCAUAUACAUUUUGACAAUGGUAAGACUCGCAUGCUAGAAUUUGUACAGACCUUUGGUUGGGGUAAACCACGAUUUUGUGAAUAUACGGGUCAGCUGUUUUGUUCUUCGUGUCAUACAAACGAGACUGCGGUUCUGCCUGCCAGAGUUUUACAUAACUGGGAUUUUACCCCUUAUCCAGUUUCCCAGAUGGCCAAGUCAUUCCUGGAUUCAAUAAUUGACAAGCCUAUGCUCUGUGUCAGUGCAGCAAAUCCUUUCCUUUUUUCUCGUGUCCCUGCGCUCCUUCAUGUCAUGGGUAUUAGGAGGAAAAUUGGGACAAUGCUUGCAUACAUCCGCUGCUCGUUUCGUAGGUCUAUCUACAGAAGACUUGGAUAUCGAAAAUAUCUUCUUGAAGGAAAUGACUUUUUUGCACUAAGGGACCUUGUUGAUCUCUCCAAAGGUGUAUUUGCAGCACUCCCGGCAAUUCUAGAAGCUGUAUUGAAGAAAAUUCAGGAGCACAUUACAGAGCUGUGUCUCGAGUGCUGCGACAAUGGCAUACCUUGUGGUGCUAGACAGGCUUGUGAUGACCCAUCCUCUCUUAUUUUUCCUUUUCAGGAGGAGGACAUUCAGAGGUGUAAGUCUUGUAAAUCAGUUUUCCACAAGCAUUGCUUCAUCAAACUCCUGGAGUGCCCAUGCGGAGUAGUCCUUAAAAGGGUAGGUAGCGAUCAAUCAACGAGUAAGUUGAGGCUCGUGAGCACUGGCAGCGCUGCUGGAUCUUUGUCUUUGACAGCAAAGAAAUCCAGUUCACGAUCACCGUCUGGAUUCCUUACGGGUUUGUUCUCAUUUUCAAGUCUAGAGAAAGGGCACAAGGAGAAUGAUAAUGUGAUCCUGAUGGGAUCGUUGCCAACUACCUCACUAUGAUCCCUUGUACAUGUACCAUAUCUACAUCUGUGUGUAUUGUAUUGUAGUUUGUAGAUGAAAUCUAUAUUUUUGGCCAUUCUUUUUGUAAAAAAAUAUGGUUGUAACAAGUUAGGUGAUUAGAAAAGAAGGAGGAGAUGAUUUUGUAUUGAUAUUAUUUGUCAAUCACCUGCCUUGGUUUCUUUUACAUCGAGAAAUUGGAUAGGAAAGGGAAGCAUGGUUGUGUACUUGUAAGUCUGUAUGAGGCUAUGAUCUCUUCUUUGCAUCAUCUAUCAAAACAUCUUUCUUAGUAUAUA